GCACACCAGUUUCUACAGUGUAUCGUUUGACUGAGCUAAAUAGUUACCUUGUACCGAAAGAGGAAAGGGGGGGAUUUAUUUUGUUACAUUUUACUUCAUCGAAUACUGUAAAGGAAUUAUUUCCACAGUUGUUUAUUAUCGGUGAUGUCAAACAUUUCAGAGUAAGAAAUGGCUCCUAUACAUCCAGAGGAAUAAUUAAAGGAAGCUGCAGUUUAGAACCCUUAUAAUUACCUUGAGCAACACUACCCACAGUUUCAUGUACUAGAACUUCAGAGGUUUAAGUUAUUGAAAAUAUCAAAUUUGAAAAAAAGCUAGCCGCUAACUGCUUUACGACUGGACGUCCAACAUAAAUAUACCAUGAACUGAGGAAAGUGGAUUGGCAUUCCUUUCUUUUUAGUUCCAUAAAAGAAGACGGAUACAACUGUAAUAUUCAGUUUGAACUGCGACUGACGCUGUCUUCAGCCCCCCCCCACUCAAGCUUAUAACAAUGGGGAGGAAAAAGAUUCAGAUUCAAAGGAUUACAGAUGAACGAAACAGACAGGUGACAUUUACAAAGCGGAAAUUUGGCUUGAUGAAGAAAGCAUAUGAAUUGAGUGUAUUAUGUGACUGCGAAAUUGCUCUCAUCAUCUUCAACCAUUCAAAUAAACUCUUUCAGUAUGCCAGCACAGAUAUGGACAAAGUACUCCUGAAAUAUACAGAGUAUAAUGAGCCACAUGAGAGUAGAACUAAUGCUGACAUCAUUGAGGCUUUGAACAAGAAGGAGCACCGAGACUGUGAUAGCCCUGAUAUUGAUGAAGCCUUCUCACUCACACCACGCACUGAGGAGAAAUAUAAAAAAAUUGAUGAGGAGUUUGAUAAAAUGAUGCAAAGCUAUAGACUGGCUUCUGCAGUUCCGCCUCCAACUUUCUCCAUGCCAGUGACAGUACCUGUCUCCAAUCAAAAUGCACUACAAUUUACUACUGGUGGACCCCUGGUGACAACAUCCUUUGCACCAUCCUCAUUAUCAGAUCCUCGUCUUCUGUCUCCACAGCAGUCUGCCCUUCAGAGGAACACUGUAUCUCCAGGGCUACCACAAAGACCAGCUAGUGCAGGUGCACUUUUGGGUGGGGAUCUAAAUAGCUCAAAUGGAGCUUGUCCAAGUCCAGUUGGAAAUGGGUACAUUAGUGCUCGAGCCUCUCCAGGAUUGUCUGUAUCAAAUGGCAAUAGCUUGGGCAAAAUAGCUCCGGCAAAGUCACCGCCGCCACCCAGCUCACAAAUGGGCAUAAAUAGCCGCAAACCAGACCUCCGGGUCAUCACCCCCAGCAAAGGACUCAUUCAACUGACAGAUGAGGACCUAGAACUGAAUGCCCAGAGGUUGGGUGGCUCUCAGGUGACACAGCCAUUAACCACACCUGUGGUUUCUGUUGCAACACCCAGCCUCUUAACACAGGGACUGCCGUUUUCUGCAAUGCCUACAGCCUACAAUGCAGAAUAUCAGCUGACAAGUGCUGACCUAUCUGCUCUCCAGGCAUUCAGCUCGCCGAGCAGUUUGUCGCUAGGCAACAUCUCCACAUGGCAACAGCAGCAGGCGCAACAGCAGGCAACCCAGCAACAGCAGCAGCUCAGCCUGGCAUCCCUUAGCAACCUGGUGCCAAGUUGUCAUUUACCUCAGAACACAUCCUUGACAGUGAAUACCAAUCCUGUGAGCAUCAAGUCUGAGCCUGUGUCACCAAACAGGGACCGAAGUACACCAUGUUCCUCUGCUACUGGCUCUGGGCUUGGAGGAACACAGUACCUUAGGCAAGAUCCUACUGGACGCUCUCCAGUUGACAGCCUGAGCAGCAACGGAAGUUCAUAUGAGGGUAGUGACAGAGAUGAUCCAGGACAUCAGCAACGGCCGCAAGAUUUUGGGUGUUCUCUCAGUGUUGUGCGACCUUCAGGAGAUACAGACCAGGACAACAGUGGUGUAAAGCGCAAAAGAUUGGACGCCUGGGUAACAUAACUGUGUAGGCCUUUUCAUAGGUCAAGGGUGGAAAGACAGGGAUCGGGGUGGGGAGAGAGAGAUCUGAAUUGCUGGAGGAGAGCUUAAUAUCCUACAACUGCCUGAAUUUAAAAUUAAUAAUUAUAAAAUGCGGGUUAUCUUUUAUUUGAAGGAAUGCAGUAUCCCUUUAGGUGUUUACAGUGGCUGUCUGAUGCUCACCACACAAUGCUGAAGUUUCUUUAUGGAAAGAAUUUACUGUGCAGGACUUCAACAUAUAAAAAAGACUGGAUAAUCUUCCCCAGCACAUAUGGGAAAAUGGAAUAUUUCAGAAUCUACAUAUUUAAAAUUAACCUUAUUUUAACAGUGUCUCUCUUACAUAAUUAACUCCAUUUUUUUUGUGUGUAAAUUUUCAAUGAUCUCUCUGGCAUUGCUUAAUACCCAAUCCCCAUCCCCCACCAUUUAUCUGGAUAUAUGUUAUUUGAGUAUUGCAUUUCCAACUAGCACACUUAUUUUUUUAAACAUCAGAUGCCCUGCAAAACCAUUUAUUCUCUGAAAGUGGUAUAGCACCUUUUCACUAGUAAAAAUUUUUGGAGUUCUGUACAUAAGAGGGGAAUUCAGGGGAACGUAAGUUGCGUAUACAUUUUUAUUAAGUAAAAUGCUUUACAUGCAGCACCCAAUGCAAGAAAAUACUGCAGGUAUAUGAAAGUAGUACUCUUUGCCUUUAAUAAAAUAAGCUUGUGGAAACUAGAGGCAGAAUUAGUAAUACAAGAGGUUGUGAUAAAUAAAGACUGUUCUUACAGGCGUUAAUUUAAUGUUUCCCAUUUAUCCUUAUCCUAUAACAGCAGUCAGGGCUGAUUUUGUACUGUUUCCGUGUGUUUGGGCAGAAGUCUAGAAACAAACCACAGACUGGCCUUUGGUUAAAACCUUAGAGCAUAAUCAGUCUUGCUAACUGAUUAGAUACAUUUGCUUUGGAAUUCUCUCAGAUUAGUAGCUUUUCUGAUUGCUUAUUUGUUUGGUUAUUAUAGUAGUAUUGCAAUUCAUGUUUUACCUCAGAUAAUAUUAAUCUUUUAAACUUUAAUGUUUUUAAGGUAUAUACCAUCAAGCAUUGAUAUACAUUUCUGAGAUGUGUCAGUGCUGUUUCAAAUGCAGGGAAAACAUCCUUGAAAUAGUGUAAAAACAGGACUAUUAGUGUUUCACAUUAUCUAGCUUAAAAUCAGUGAUUUUAUUUUAAAAUACUGAAAUACAACCUAUUAACCAAUUGGAUUUGAUUUACAUCUCCUAUUGUAGGUACUGUAUAUGGUAUUGUAAAUUUGAAAUCAAUUAUGCUAUUUAAGAAACAUUCAUUGACAGAAAAAAGAGCAUACGAGUGUAUAACAGUCAUUUCUGAGUUCUGAUUUGUUUGUUGCCAAACAUUUUACAUGGAUGUCUGUUAUGCUUUGUUUAUGUAAUAAAUAAUGUGCACAUAAAAGGCUUUAAGAAAGGGCCAGUAUUUUCAGUGAGUUGGAAAUGUACCUACCCAUAAAUGUUAUGUGUUCCUACCCACAAUUAACAGACCACACAAAGAAGCCCAGAGUUAAUGCUUUAAGUCACAGUCUUUUGCAAUAUACAUUAAUGUGAAUACAAUGUAAAUAUUUAAAUAUAUCCUAUUAAUAUGUUUUUAAAUAAGUUGUCAUAGAAGUUUAUAUUUAACCAUUUGUUAAAAAUCUAGAAGAACCUCUAACAAGCAUUUGUCCUUAAAAUUGUAAAUUAUUUGAAACAUUUUGGUUAUCCAUAACAACACUUCAGAAUAUUAAAAAGAUAAAUAUAGAAAUAAAAAUAAUAAUUUUUUCAAACCAUUUGACUAAUGAGAAAGAAUAUUUUUCUCCUUUAAACUCAGGACCUCAGAUUUUGUUAGUUUAAUCCUCACACAAUAUCUGUAAUACAUUUCUUUACAGUUUUACUUUAAAGUAAUGCACAACAGCUAAUAAUCCUCCGUUAAAUAAUGGCUAAACUUAGAUUCACCUUACCUACUCUGUCAUAAAUAAAUAUGUAUUCAUAAUUUUAUCAUGUUUCAUGCUUCCAGAUAUGUUUAACCUAUAUAAAACACUUUGAUUAUGUAGGCUAUGUAGAUGUUAAACACAUUUUUUUUGUGAUUCAUAAAAUCUAAGAACACAUGUGACUCAAAGAUGAAAAUUAAUUUUGAUUUGUUCGAUAUACAUUUUAUAUCUGUUCAAGUUCUGUUGUUAUCAGUCAUAGACUAUAUCAGGCACACAUUACUUUAGUGUGUGCCAACCUGCUGUAUAGUGAGAUAAUAUAAAGCUGCCUAAAGUUCUGAAUUAUAUGUGCUCAGUAUUAAGGUUUAUCAACACUUAUGUGUAUUGUUGAUAAACUGGAAUGUAGAGAAAAUAACUGCAUGAAUAUACAUUUUUUUAAUCUGUAAAGUUAUAAAUAACAUUUUUUUUAAGACAGCGUCACUACUUAACGUAGGCUUAUAGGGUUGUGCUACAUCAAUCUGUGAUAUUCGUACUUGAGUAGAUACAUUUUGAACAGAAUAUUAGAAACUUAGUAAAAUGCAUCAGUGUGAUUAUGUGUUGCUGUUCCGACAAUCUCUUCUUAAUAUAAUGCCAAAUAAUUGCCUGAGCACUGCAUCUGGUCUGCAAAAAGUGUGGUGUAAUAUUUAAUUUAGUUACUGAAUAUUAGAUGUAAAUCAAUAUUUUGCCAAAGGGGACUAAAUUGUGACAAUCAAAUGUCACACUAUCCAAAAAUGGGUGGACAUUUGCAACAUUCAUUGAAUAUGGCAGGUUUGACAUUAGAUAAUAAAGAGUAGGGCACGGAAUAAGAUAUACCACUUAGGGUAAGAUCCUAAAAAGACAUUAAUUAUUUAGUAGAUAAGGGGGAACUCUCUGGUUUAUAGGCAGUUUGAAACAUUAUUCAGUUGUUGUGAGUAGUAUCAUAAUAUACCAGAUUGUCCUCAAAUAUAAAAAUUGUAAACUUAUGCAAUGAACAAAAAGCAGGAAUAGUCAUAAUAAAUUAAUGCUCGUAUGUGUGUGAGAAUGAGACAAAAGCAAAUACAUUCAUUGGAAGGUUUAUUUGCCACUAGAUUAUAUUGCCAUCUGAGUUUUUUUUUUUUUUCUUCUCAGAGUAACUACAUUACAAAGCUGGGUUAAAUUUAAAUGUAGUACAUGUUCAUCUUCAUGUAGAUGAGAUUAUUAUAUUUGUUUGCAUUUCUUAACCUCCUGGAUUGAUCAUAUUUGAGAAACAAAAAAAUGACACCCUUUAAAAAUUUUGUUCAAAGUGUAUCAACAUUAUUUCAUGUUUAUCCUGAGCAGAGAAUGUGCAUUUAAACACAGCUUUCUCUGAACCUUAUUAACUUAUUAUUAAGUAAAAAUGAAACUUGGUGAACAGAUAAAGAUGGAAUGCCAGUAGAUGAUAAGGUUUUAGACCCUCAAAAUCUAAACGUACUUUUACUGUAGAAUACAAAUGUAGUAGUUAUAUUAACUGUACUUCAAGGUUAACAUGAUUCUGCUACCACCUAGUAACUUGUCCCAAAGCCCAGCCUGCCAAUAUUAAUGGAUUAUGUCCUAACCUCAGAAGAAAAGACUUAGAAAUGAUAGUCAUGUGGAAAACGGACCACAGUAGUUACCUACCUGAAUAGGCAAUUUAAUGUUAUUUACCCUGUUUCGUCUUGGCCACAAGAAAGGGAUACUGCUUCAUUGGAGAUUAGGGCAGUACUGUAGAAAAUAAUUAAAAGAAUCAGUUUACCAGCUUUGGUAUUACAUUAACUGGAUUUUGUUUUCCAGUUGUUGUCAUUUACUGUUUUUGUGUUUGUCAUUCUGCUUUUGCUUUUUCAGAAAUAUAACCAUAUUGGUUCAGCUAAUGAGAUAUUUAAUCAUUUAUUAUCUGUUUAUAAUACUUGAUAAUAAAUUAAAAUGUAAACUGAAUUGGGACACCAUAGUGAUAUUUUCUUGUAGAACCAGUGAAACCUGCAGGUCCUUUCAAGGCAUCACUUGCUUCCCUUUGUCAGCAUUUGGCUACAUUCUCCCCUGUGGUUUACUUAGGGUGACAGACAAAUCAAGGUCUUUUUUCCUUUAAACUCAAGGAAAGCCAAGCCUAAAGUUUUCAAUAAUUUUAGACUCAAUAUAUAUAUAUAUAAAUUCCUUAUGUGUCUAAAUUUCUUUAUCUUGCCCCUAAUUACAUAUAUUAUUAUAAAUAUCUAUGAUAUAUGCCUUGGCAUCUUAGAUUUUUUUUUUUAUGGCAGAUUUGUCGGGACUUAAUAUAUGCUUAUUAUGGUGCUUCAGUCUUCAAAUUCAAUGCAUUUAAAGACUGUGCACACUUUAGUCUUUUUGUGAAGUGCCCUGUUCAAUAAGUAGCGUUAUAAUUAUUAUGAUAAUUAGCUUUGAUCAUGAUCCAUAAAGAUUCCAUUUGAGACAGGUAUCUGAUAGCAAUGUCAUAAUGUGUAUAAUUAAAAAUGAUUUAGUAAAUCUUACAAGAUCUUUUUUUUUUUUUAUUCAAAUUAUUUAUUUUGAUCAUGCAGCACAUACUUGAUAUAGCUAUAGUAUUCAGGUAAAUGCGUAAGUGCAUGCAUAAAAUAAUCUAUGGCAUUCUUUGUUUUUAAGGUUGUAAUUCUUUUUAUCCAAAGUAGUAAGGAUUAUAAUUUUCUUUGCGAAAGUUACACAGUCAACGCCCCUGCAUAUCAUGCUAACAUUAUAACUGCAAACAUUUUAAAAAGCUGGAUAUAUACAGUACGGUUUUCUUUUCUUUGAGGAAUUGUGAGUAUUUGUCACAUUUUUAAGAAAUUUGGGAGUAUUUGGAUUAACAGGAUCCACUUUCUGUGAAGUGUAUUGUUCCCAGUGUUAUAAGCUGUUCCUCUUUAGGGUACACUGGUUUUGGGCAACGCCACACUUUUGAUCCUGGUCGCAGUUUUCAUGCAAUGUACCUGAAAAAAUUGCACAAAUGGAAGAUAUGGAACAUUGUUAUUUUUUGUAUAAUAAACUCAUGUUGCAGGUUUCUUUUACUUUUUAAAAUAACAUUCAUAUUUGUAAUUUUGUUUUAAAAUGAAAAAGCACUGGAUAAUUUUUAAUUCAGUAUGUUUUCAACAGUAAGCAUUGUUCUUUUUAACUGUUUUGACAGGACUGUGUUGAGAGUCUGGCAUUUUCUGAUAAUUUUUCACUUUUUUUUUUAAAUCUAAAAUGAUCACAGCCAUUACCAAACAAGUGAACAUGUGACCCUGGAAAGGUGCUGAGCAGUCUUUCUCAUUACAGUCUAAAAAAUCUAUUACAGAUAUUUAAAAAAUCCAAACAAUUUUGUUUUAAACAAAAUUCUAAUAACAGAACAGGAAAAUGAGUUUAUUAUGAUAUUAACACUAUGUUUACGUAUCACAGCAGAAUCUGGCAUUAGCGUUAUGUUGUACUGAGAGUAAAGGUCUUUGCAUCUUAAGUUAUGGGAUUUUUUUUUUUUUAAAUCUGUAACUUGUAUAAUGUUCAAGAGAGACAAUCUUUAAAAACAAACACCCCUCUUAACUAUGUAUAACGGUAUGUCUUUAGAAUAUCAUUUCUUGUGUUAAUUUGUGCUGGUGACAGUUCUAUUGUACAUUAAAAAAGAAAAUAUUUUUUUGUGUAGGCUAGUUAUUUUAUUUUAUUAUAUAUAUAUAAAUAUAUAUAUUUUAUUUGUUUGUUUUUUUCUUAAAGGGGUGUUGCUAAAAUUGCACGGUUUAUAAAAUAACAUAAUAAUUAUAGAUAAUAUUAAUUUUAAGUGAAAACAAACAAACAAAAGAAAAAAAACACAAGAUUAAAAAUACCAGGAGGAAUUCAAUGCUGCAAUUUUUAGUAAAAGAGUAAAAGUGUCAGAUAUGGAGUUUUAAUUUAUUCUGAGACAAGACUUAUAUAAUGUAAAUGCAUGAGGAAAAUGAGGAAAAUCAAACAUAACAAAAUUGUAAACCUCAAAUGAAAAAAUGUAGCAAAAAAAAACAGUGAAAAGAAGAUAGCUAAUAUAUUGUGUUCAGCUAGUCUGCUUUCAGUUUUGUUGUAUAAAAAAAGUUUUUUGUUGUUUUUGGAGAAUGAUACAAUUUGUGUAUAUUUUCAUAAACAAGGUAUGCACUGAUAUGUUAUAAAAAUUCUAUACUGCUUUUACAAAAAAAAAGUGUUUGUUAUUGUACCAAAGUAUCCAUUCGUUCCUUGAAACCUGCCCUUUUUGCGUAUGUUUGACCAUAUUUUAUAUAUUAAAUAGACAAGUUGACUUACAUUGUA